AUGGUACUAAGUCAUACAGGGGUCAAUCAACUUGGAGGUGUUUUCGUUAAUGGUCGUCCAUUGCCUGAUCAUAUUCGCAAUCGAAUAGUUGAAUUGGCUCAUCAAGGCGUUCGGCCAUGUGAUAUAUCGCGUCAACUUCGAGUUUCUCAUGGAUGUGUAUCGAAAAUACUCGGUCGCUACUAUGAAACCGGAUCGAUUAGGCCGGGAGUUAUCGGCGGUUCUAAGCCAAAGGUAGCAACUCCAAAAGUUGUACAAACAAUUGCAGCAUAUAAGCGGGCUAAUCCAACGAUGUUUGCUUGGGAAAUUCGAGAAAAAUUACUUGAGACAAAAACAUUUGGCUUUGAUACUAAAUAG